GGGCAAAUUGGACCUCAUGUGACGUGACGUGUGGUAUGGGAAGUAAACUACGAACACGAAGAUGUUCGAAUCCAUUGCCCGAGCAUAAAGGAAACGAUUGUAUUGGAGAAAGUUUACAAAGUAGUCAAUGCUCAAGAGAAAACUGUACAGCGUUCAAGUCUGCCUUUUCUGUGAAAGGUCCACAUACCUUCAAUCAGAUAGAUGGUAUAGACGGGAUUGGCUAUCUUAACUUUACAAGUACCAUUUACCAGUAUGGAAAUGACUUUACUAUCUCAAAUGGAACAUAUAGGUGUAGCAUACCUGGCGUGUACCACUUUUCUUCAACACUGGUGAAGAGAAAGGCAUCACAAAUUCAUAUGGUUUACUGUAGACUAUUCAAGAAUUAUAAGCCAUUGAUUGAGAUUAGAGUGAAUCCAUCUGACGAGGAUAUACACGAGGGAAAUGCUGCGGUAUCCCAGUCUGUUAUCAUUGACCUUGAUAUUGGUGACACAGUGUAUAUUGGUAAAUGCAUAGGCCAACCUAAUGAUUACUUGGAAGAAUGGUCUUCUUUUACCGGAUUUCUGCUAUUUCAUAAUAAUUAAAUUCGACUUAGCUUGCAAUUAUCGAAUUGUUUAUCAUGUACAAUAGCGUAAAUAUGUUAAACGUUAAUUUUCACUUUUUUAUUUGCUUUCUGUGUCGAAAAUAGCUAUUAUGUUUUGUUUCAAACAUUUAAAUUAAACCUAAUGAAAAAGAAACGAUCAUCUGCAGAUUAAGAUAUGUAUUACUAAUCAAUUACAAUUUUUGUGUUAAAUUAUAUUCAUUUAUCAAAAUGUUUUGUACACAGGUUUAAUUUAUUUGCUAUGAAUGUGUGCGAUAUACCCGUUACUUCUCCAAUUCAUUUGCUUAGCGAUUUAACGAAGUUAUGGUUUACCCCUAUGGUAUAUUAAGCAAUAGAUUUUACGAAAGUGCUAUUUGUUAAUUUUGUGUGUCGAUAAGUUGUGUUUUUGUUAUGACAGUAGCUUAACCAGUUGCUUGUUUGCUUGUUUUAAUUUCCUUGAAUUAAAUUUCCUUCACUUUUUUGACACGUGUGUCAAAUUUUGAUCACUUGUUUCAAUCAGCUUAUUUCAGUUGAUCAUAAUGGAAGAAAUACAUCAAUUCAACACCAUUCGCCUGAUUUGAUUUACUAAGACAGUCUGUCCGAUCACCAAGCAGAUUUUCAAACCUUUCCGCAAGGCGUUUCUAAUAUAUAUUUUAACAC